GCAGGUGUUAAUUGUCACAAAACGUCUUAUGUCGUCGGUAAACGAAACAAUAAUUGCUACUGUUUUAUUAAGAGAGUGAUUAGCAUCCUAGAAAUUCUCAUAGCAAGCUACAAUAAUUAGCCCGUUGCUCAGUAAACAGACUGUUGAAAAACUUGUUUGGCGGGGUAGUCAUCAUAGCUUGUUUAUCAUACUGUAUGGAUUUAUAAAUGGGGCUAAAACGUUAGUGAUCUUAAUGGUAAAACUAUAUAUUUUUAAUAACGUUACGCCCAUCGACUUAAACAGAAAUCUCAGUUAACGUUAUCAUUGUGGAAUUAGGGGCCAGUCGUGUUAAGCAAUCAAUGUCUUCAAAAAAAAUGUGAAGGCUCCCUCUUGAUGUUGUUCUACAUAUACACAAAUAUAUAAACAUUUUAAUGACGUUAUCAGAACGAUUUACCUCCAACUGUGGUAUUUUAGACCAUAAAGAUAACAGGCUUCAGAUCCAUAUUGACUCCAUCUAACCCACAGGAGUAAUCUCAUCAUGAGUAGAGCCUACUACAUCAUCAGUGCUGUUCUUUAUGUGUUAAAAAUUCCAGAGACCAAGGCUCUGCUAGAUAACUCCAAUGAUUGCUGUGAAACAAUAAAGAGAAUGAAUGAAUCCUGUGCAAAUGUUUCACUCUGUGAACCUGGGCCCCGUCAUGUUCAGGAAAAUGGUACAACUUUUUGUGUGCCCUGUGCCUCAGCAGACCAGGGGAAUUCAACUUCACUUAACAGUACAAGAACUAAUCAAAUUCCAGUAUCUUUAAUCACAGUAAUUGGUGGUCCAGGUGUAGCAGCUUCUGUGCUUCUGGGAACUCUACUCAUUAGCCUUGGCCUCAUCCUCUCUGUUGCAUCCUUCUUUUACCUCAAGCGUUCCAACCGCCUCCCUGGAGUCUUCUACAGGCGCAAUAAAGCUUUUAUAUUCCAACCAAGUGAGACGGCUGUUAUGAUUCCCGAAGCUUCAUCUUCAGUUCGCAAGCCAAGAUAUGUGAGGAGGGAGAGGCCUUCAGCGACGUCAACAUCCAAUAGUGCUACCGUGGCAACAGGGGCAGUAACUAAGGUAUACAACGUGUGACCAGCCUCCGAAGACCAGGUGUGAGGCCCCUUCUGUCCCAAGGCACUGUUUCCUUAUAGGAUUGUUCACUUUUUCUCUUUUUAUUUUGGUGAAAACUUCCUCCUUAUUCAUGUAGGCUACGUGAGGAACUGCUCUGUCUUGAUGACGUAGUCUUUUAUGCUCCUUUCUUUUUAGUUUUCUUUUCACCGAUGUCAGUUAUUUAUUUCUAUUUAUAUAUUUUUCACACAAAUUAUCGUUUUUUUAAGAGACCAGGUGUUGCACUACUAGAGUAUUUUUGAUCGUUAAGCUGUUCAAUUGAGUUCUUUAUGAAUUUUGUAACGUUUAUAUUUAUUACCAGUAUUUUUUGUGUGAUAUAGUACUUUUGAAUCUCGUGACAACUGUAACUAGGCUCCAAAAUAAGACUUCCACAGUUAAAUUUGCAUUUAAGCAGCUCUUCAAAUCAUAUCUAAUUAAAAAAUAUAUAUAUACGAAAUUUUUAUUUUUGAAAUUCUAACCUCAAUGCCACAAACAUUUGCUAUAUAUUACCCUGUAUGAGCAUUGAAAACUCUCAUAACUUGGGUUUCCAUGUUAGCAGCAUAUUUAUGUUAUACCAGAUAAAAUAUGUGUGCAUGAAACAAUCACUAUAUUCAACAUGAAGCAUCAGACCCGCACCAAAGAAGUUUGCCGGAAAUGAAUACACUCAAAUUCGCUAGGCCUUAAAGUUGCAAACAUGCUGUUAAUACACAGUCUAUACAGUAAGAAUGGUAUUACAAAAACUGUUGCCAAACUAUUUACUUACCCAAUACUUUCACUGUAUAAAACAAAGUGCCAUUAUGAGAAUGUGCUAAUAAAUAAAAACCUAGUCACCUUUUUUUGAUUUUGUACAUUUUUACAAAAUUAGAAAGUAAAAGUAUGAAUACUUGGCGUGUAUUAUUUGGUAAAUUUACGGUUGGAAAAAAGAGAUCGUUGUUGUGUCAUAAAGCGAGUGAUGCACUGGUAUUUCUGAGAAAGUCAGUUAUCUUUUUUACUUUAUUUUGUUGAUGUUUAUUGCAAAUAGUGGCCUUUAAUAUGCCAUAUCAUCCUCUAUGCCUAUAUGAAUAUAUUUAUGGUUUUCUGUGUAGUUCUCAUUUGUUGUAAUGGUUCUGUUUAUUUAAAGCAUUAUGCUUGUUUUUUCUACUUGAUUUUAGGAGGGGGGUUAAAACAUUUUGUAAAAUGGAUAAUUUUUAGUAUGCUGGAUUAAUAAAAAGGAUGGAAUGUUUACUCAAGGUGAUGGUAAAUGAUAUUGUGGGUUUACAUCAGUGAUGCUGUUUUAAGAAUAUAACCACUUUUAACAUUCGUUUAUGUCAUUUUAUUGGCUGUUGUGCAGCAACUGGAAAGCAUGUCAGUGGAUUUUGUAUAUGAAUUCUGUUUAGAUGGAUGCUGUUGACUUUUUUUAUUUAAAUUUUUUUGUAUGCUUGUGUCAAUGGAGUGAGUAUUGAUCAUGUUGAAUCAUAUUUGAUGAAGAUUUCAGUGUUUACAGAAAUAAAAUAUUUUGAUUUAUGAGAAAAAA